CGCAUGACUCUAUCCCCGUGAAGCAACUUUACUGCUCUUACGGCACUGGACAGUGCCGUAAGCGGGUGAGCUGGUCGAAUAAAUCAGUGGAAAGUGCUCACAAUCGGAUUCGCCUCGAGCCACAGAAGAUCGUCCCGUAGCCACCAUGAUGGACCAACUGAAGGAGCAGAGUAAGAAGGCCAGCGACAAGCUGGAGGAUUUUGCUAAGAAGACACAGCAGGAACUGGAGAAAACGAGCAAGAAGGCGCAGGAAAGCAUUGAAAAGGCCACCAAGCAGACCAAAGACAGCAUCAACAGGGCCACCAAGCAGAGUAAGGAGGCCUCGGAGAGCGGCCUGUUCGACUCGGCCAAGGAGGCCUUCCACAUCGACAUUAAAGAGGACAAGAAAGACAAGAAGAAGACCAAACCGCGCCGUAAGGACUCGAGCGACUCGGACACCGACGAGGAGGAUGGACUUCUGGACGAUAUCGGCGACGAGUUCGACCAGCUCACGCUCAACCAGCGCGCACUGGGAGCCAUCGGUUGCUAUAUGCUCAGCGGCCUCUUUGCCUUUGCUGCCACUGUAAUGCUGUUCACCGGUGUGCACCACGUGCGCUUCUACGCGCUCUUCUACUCGCUGAGCAACAUCGCCACCUUCUGCAGUCUCAUUUUCAUUAUGGGCCAGGAGCGACUCAAGAAGCGCAUGCUCUCGCGCAAGCGCAGCGUGACUGGCCGUGCCUGGAUGGGUUCACUCGCGCUCACAGUCGUCGUGGCUUUCUUCUGGCCGUCACACUGGUUCAUUGUCCUCCUGCUGCUGCUCGUGCAGUUCGGUAGCAUGAUCUGGUACAGCCUGUCGUACAUUCCGUUCGGCCGCAAGUUCCUGCACAAAUACAUGGCCAAGAGGGUCAUUCUCGUGGACGCCAUGGACGGCAAGAUCGACGGCAAGUAAGCACUCAGCAUGAGCUCCCGGUUGUUCCUGCACGUCUCCUCUAUCUUCUGCUUUUUUAUUGUGAGUGAUGCACCACACGGUAGUGGCAGGAACAUCAGCAGUAAGUGAAAGGUAACAAGUUCCACUUCUGCUUGUAUUAAUGAAGCACGUUAGUUUUUAGCA